AUGGCCGCACCGAGUGCACCGAAGGAUGUGACAACCUAUCUGAAAGAAAAGCAGCAACAGCAAUCUGCCGACCGGGAGCUGACAGCAGAGUGGCUCCAACUCGAGGAGCUGUACAACAAAAAGCUCUGGCAUCAGCUCACCCUAAAACUGGAGGUCUUCGUCAAGCACCCGACUCUUCAACAGGACGAAGCACUCAUCGAACUCUACACGAAUUUCCUCGCCACCUUCGAGAGCAAAAUCAAUCCAUUGUCUUUGAUCGAGAUUUUGGCUGUCGUAGUAAAGCAAUACAAAGAUAAACGUGCUGCUAUAAAUUUUCUUGAAAAGACAGAACCAAAAGUAAAAAACCACAAGGAAGCAGUAGCUCUCUGCAAAGUUCUCAUUGGUCAAAUAUUGUUGGAUGAUCUAAAUAUUCAAGAUGAAACCAAGAAAAUCAUCGAUGAUGUUGAAAUCAUACUUGAUUCGAGUGAUGGUGUCACAACAGUCCAUGAUAGAUUUUACCUUUUGGCCAGUCGCUUGUACAGGAUACAAGGCAAACAUGCUGAGUAUUACAGAACAGCUCUUAGGUACUUAGGGUGCAUUGAUCUGAAUACCUUAAGUAAGUCAGAACAAGAACAGCAUGCUUUCUUCUUAGGACUUGCAGCUCUUCUGGGAGAAGGUGUUUAUAAUCUUGGUGAACUAUUGGCUCAUCCAGUGUUGGAGUCGCUCAAGGAAACACCAAACUCUUGGUUAGUUGACUUGCUGCAAGCAUUCAACAGCGGAGAUAUUGUUGCUUUGGAAAGGCUAAAGCCACAAUGGAGCAAGGUUGCUGAUCUGGCUGCGCAAGAAUUAAAACUUCGGCAAAAGAUUUCGUUGCUCUGUUUGAUGGAGAUGACUUUCAAACGUCAGGCCAACAACAGGCAAUUGACAUUUGCUGAAAUUUCUCAAGAAACUCGCUUACCACUUGGAGAAGUUGAACUUUUGGUGAUGAAAGCUUUAGCUCAAGAUCUGGUACGAGGAGCCAUUGAUCAAGUUGCAAGCACUGUAAAUAUGACGUGGGUGCAGCCACGAGUCUUGGAUCGCGCUCAAAUUACGGGAAUGGUUCAGCGUUUAGAAGGCUGGUGCAAAGACGUUAAUUCGAUGGAAGGUCUACUCGAGACACGGGCUACCGAGAUACUCACGUUAUAAUUCAUCUGGUUACUUACAAAUGUGUUCUCAACUAUUUUGUAACGACGCAAGUAAUUUCUUAACUUUUUCAUAAAAAGAGUUGGCAAAAGAUGAACUGAGUGCAAGUCGAUUGUGAACAUUUAUACUUGAGAUCAAUAAACUUGUUUUCCUAUUUAAA